AUGGCGAAGGAGCGAAAUAGCCUGAGGGCACAAGGAACCAAGGGCAGCAUUUUGCCAUUUGGCCUUGUAGGCAGUGUUCACUGUUCAGAGCAUGGGCGAGAAAACCACCAAGCCGAGCUCGAGGGUGGAAGCCCAGUGAUCGGAGAUUUUGUAUGGGACCACGCCAAACUGCAUCAGGAAAUCUGGUCUCCCCGGGCCACUAACAUCAGCAGCCAAGACUGGAAAAAGGAGGACAUGAAGAGAGAGCGACUGAAUACAGGGGGAAGGCAAAUGCCAAGUAACAAUCAAUCCAUGCUUGUGAAAGAGAAGUUCAUGAGAGUCUGGAGGCGGAUGCUUUUAUAUCCGGGCCUCUGGUGCUAGAGUAUGCA